AUGGGGGAUGUAUGGCAGAUACUUGGAAGGCUGGAAGACUCGCAGAGUCGGGGCUCCUCCAGGAACGGUGGACGAGGAGGGCGUAACGAGCCUCUGAAAAAAGAUCGUCCCAAAUGGAAGAGUGACUACCCGAUGACGGAGGGCCAGCUACGGAGCAAGCGGGAUGAGUUUUGGGACACGGCGCCGGCCUUCGAGGGCCGCAAGGAAAUCUGGGAUGCUCUGAAAGCAGCCGCUGUGGCCUUGGAGUGUAACGACCAUGAAUUAGCUCAGGCUAUAGUGGAUGGAGCCAGCAUCACACUGCCACACGGUACCCUGACAGAGUGUUACGAUGAACUUGGGAACCGCUACCAGCUGCCCGUCUACUGCCUGGCACCACCCAUCAACCUCAUCUCAGAGCGUAGUGACGAAGACCCCAGUGACAGCCCUGAACCCCCAGCAGCAUCCAAGAAGGAAUUCCAGCUCAAGGUGCGGCUGUCCACAGGAAAGGACUUGCGUCUCAGCGUCAGCAUGGUUGACACCAUAGGCCAGCUGAAGAAGCAACUGCAAGUCCAGGAAGACAUCGACGCCGUUCACCAGCGCUGGUUCUUCUCCGGGAAGCUGCUCACGGACAAGACACGGCUGCAAGACACUAAGAUCCAGAAGGACUUUGUGAUCCAGGUCAUCGUCAACCCACAGGCACUCCAAGCCCCCAAACCAUCACCGCCGACAACCACCGGCUCCUCACCUGUGCCCGAGUAACCGAGGACCAUCAGAGGAGCGAUGCAGUCUGUGAUGGACCAGAGGUGCCUCCCAAUGCUGGAUAACUUAUUCUUCUUGACAAAAGCUACUGUUACUGAAAGAGAAAUAAACUGUGAGGGUGAAACAAACAAAAACAGACAAAGAAGAAACUGAAAAGUGCUGCUUUUUUUCCCCCUUUUUUCUAAAUGUCCCUGUGUGUGCACGUGUGUGUUUUUUUUGGGGGGAUCUGCUGAGUCGUUCCAGUCAUCACACUAACCAGAGAUGCCUGUCAUCGUUGCAUAUUAAAGCAGAGCUCCUCGCGCUGGUGUGCAAGCCUUUUCUCAGUGCACAGAACGUGCACAUCAGAGCUGCACAUGCAGACUCUGCCUUUGCCCUUUAGCCUGCUAACACAGUGCCAACAGAGGAACUGCAGAGGCGUUGGUUCUAGAGCAUAUUUCUGCUAUGACACCUAUAAACUCAGCACUGUUGCUCUCUUUCUCCUCCACAGAAACAGGAAAGGAAAGCAGUAAAAAAGAAACGUGCUGAAUAUUCUUCUUCUUUUUCCUUUCCCUUACUGAGGAAAUAAAGUCAACUGGGCUUUUUUUUGCACAUUUAAA